CUAGAGUGCGGACGUGAUUUUGCCGUCGCUCCACAUCGCGGGCGUUCGCUAAAUCCUGUGGCGACCGUCGACUACUACUCAGUGCCUACUUAGUGUGUUGUCGACGUCAUCAACUUUUUGCCUGAUUUGCCUAAUCAAGGCGUGCUGUGUUGUGUUGAGCUUAGUGUUGAAUUGUGUUCUGCUAGGAGUUAUCCGAGAGCGAUUAUUUGGGUUCGAUUGUUCCGGUCAUUAGUUGCGUGUCGGAGCACUGUGCUGUGGCGAAACUCGGCGGGCGUAGUGUGAUAGUUGUUUUUUCGGAGGGUUUCGCGUGUGUGUAGUUCAAUUCGCGGGAAUAGCGGGAGGAACAACCAUCAUCCAUCCCCAGAGAGUGUGCUGUUUUAUGACCUGUGUUUGUUAUCUCAGUACAACUUCGGUGUAACGCUUUCGCGACGUGUUAACAAUAAAAGUGUAUUUUGGUCGUUUUUGUUUGAAGUCGUGCUGUUAUUUCUUUUUUUUCGCUGUCCACGAUCCCAUCAAAGUGGUGAAAUGGUGUCUGUGUGUAUAUAAGCUGAGGCGCGCUUGUUUUGCGCGAUCGUUUCGUAACAAAGCCGAAGCCUACUUUUCCAACCGUCGAAAGCCGACAAAAAGUGUAAUUGAUAAAACACGAAACAUUGGCUCCAGGGUUGUUGGUUUUUUUUUUAAUAUUUUUGGCUCGACUUGGUGGAGCUGAAAGAGUGGGUCGGAAGUUUUGGUGUUAACCGAAAAGUGACCAACGUGGAAUCUAUACGAUACGACGAUACAGGAAAGAGAGAGUGUUCUCUUUUCCGAUUCUGCUCGACAUCGGUUGUUUAGCACUUGUCGUCGGGCUCGCCUCCCUUCUAACAUUGUGGCAAACGGCACCACCCUCUCAACUUUCUACCACCCACAAGCUCACUCUGGGUUCGAGGAGGAGGCAUUCCCGCGCUCGUGGAGAGAGUGAACCAUAUUGUCCAUCCAGACUUGGAUUCUAUGUACAACACCCCUCGCUCGGCAGGAAUCUCGUGCUAGCAACAAGACGUCAUCAAACGUCAUGCCAGCCUUGUUCGCGUAGCAUCAAUUCACGGGCCGCACGUUGAGUCGUGUUCUACAAGUGGUUUUUUCACGCGUUUUAAUCGCAUCUAAGUUACCGAAGAACGUUAAUUGAUUCUCGAAAAAUCUGGUGCGGAAUAGUGUGUUUACCCGCGGGCUUCGAUUGGGUUCAUUAGACAUCCAAGUGACCACAGAUUUCAACGGUUUUCAACCCACCAUAUGGUAGCUUUGAAGCAGAACCAUUUUAUCAAUCAGUGUUAUUAACAAUCGGAAAUGGAAACUAACCGCAGCUGCAGUGAGGCCACAUGAUUUCAUCGCCGUGGUAUACAGAGAAGAAGAAAAAACAAACAAUAAUUAUUUUCAAAUAUUGAAUGUUCAGUUCCAAAAUCACUCGAAUCACAUACAGUUUAAUCGUGUUGGAGUGUUAUGUGAAAAUUUUCGGUAGCCCCUUCAAAACACGCGGCCCUAGUGAGGUUUCUUAAAAAAACACAGCUAAUGUUGCUAGUGCCCCGAUAAGUGCGAAGAAAAAAUCGAGUGGAGAAACAAGCAACAAAUAUCGGUACGGUACAAAAUCGAAAGAGCUUUUACUUUUUACCCCACAACACCCUCCCGGUACCGUCGCUUGCAGUGGGAGUGAGGCGUUCGUGUUUGUUGUUGUUUUGCGCCACUUCUAAUUUUGGUGCAGCGUAGUGGUGGGUUGUGUGUGCACUCAAUAAUCGGUCAAUAACAACAACCUAGCAGCGGCGUUGCGGUACAGAGUGUCAUUUCUUGGAAACGAAACAACAGCAACAACUUCAGACAGACAGACAGCGUCGGCAAAACAGAAUCGAGCGUCAACCGCAAACCACCACAUAACUCCAGCAGGCCGUGGAAAGUGAGAACUGAGCUGCUGCCCUACAUUCCCCAUCUACUGGCACCAAAACAUUCCACUGAAAAGGACCCACCUGGAUAAAGCCGCCCAAGAAGUGGGAAGAGGUUUUUAGUUGUUUGUCGGCUGUUUUUGUGCGCGAGGGUGCCCGGGUUCAGGUUGCCCCCCUCUACCGGAAGUUGUUGAGGAUGGCGACGGCGGCGGCGGCGAUUGGUAUAUGAUGGUUCUCGUAGCGUGUUACAUCGAAACCCAUAAGUCGUCAGCUGUGAUCGACUCUUCCGGACACUGAAGUGGAAAGGUUAACGACUGCAGCUAAUCGAUGAAUUCGGACGUGGAGAGCCGCGUAAACGUUCUGAUCUGACCGGAAGCAGGGAUCGAUUCUAGCGAGGGCCGUCGCAAUGGACCAUCAUGGGUUGUACGCGGACAUAUCGAAUAGCUUUCCGGGCAGUGUGGCGCCAGUGUUGCCAAACACCAAUGUGAAGUACCACCAGCAGCAACAUCUGCCGCAGAUACCGCCCCAGCCGCCCCCACCCUCAGCCCAUCAUCAUCUUGGUGGGUAUCAGCAGCUAUCCCAUCAACAGACGCAGCAACAACAACCGCAACACCAGUCACAACAGCCGCAACAACAACCACAGGUAGGAAGCUACACCCAGCAGCAGAAUGCGGAUUCCGAUCCACUAGGAGCGUCUGCUGGCCUGUAUCAUGACCCAACGACCGGACUUUUCGAUACCACCAACGCAAUUUGUACAAACGGUAGCGGCAGUACUAGUUACAGUAAUCAAAACACAAAUAAUCACAUUAACAAUAGCAAAUCAGUCGAGUUUACAUCGCGAAAAUUCGAAACCAAUACAGGAGACAGUAUAACGUAUAAUAUCAACAAUAUCAAUACAAACAUUGUCAACAACAUAACGGGGGGGACUUUGGGCGCAACAAGUGGCGGCACUGUUCAGGCACUAAACCAAGCUCAGAUACCGGCCAUUGCUACGGGUUCAUCAUCUACUUCCGAUCCGAUCGGAGGUAGCUCGGGAACAACUCAGUUCACGAUUCCGACCCCUAGCGGCAACGCACAGAUCUCGUACAAUAAGGAAGCUGACAGUAGCCCAACCAUCAUCAAUAUUAACAAUAGUAAUCAGAAUAUUAUGGCCCCUCCCUAUCCCUUCCCAUAUCCGCACCAAUCCCACCAGCCAAAGGUCCCAAGCAUAGGGGCGUUGAACGAGCUGAGCAGCAAGUUCGGCACCAACCCUGGAUGGUCAGCCGGAGGAUCAUCCACACAAAGCGCCUUCGGAGAGUACAGUCACGAAAAUAGUGUCAUCACAAACUUCGAAACAAAAAAUCCUAACAAAUAUCACAGCAGUCGCAGCAGUGCUUAUCGCUAUGCCCAGCAAGACUACACACAACCGAGCAGCCAGCAAACACAGCCUACUACCCAUCACUAUCAAGCAAACUAUGGACUCUACCAUCCAGAAGGUGCCAAAGCAACCCCGAUUCAACAAACAAACGGUCGCCAUGGCUACGAACAGUUUCCACAUAUCAUGCGAAAUAAAUACGUUUCACCGACCAUGGACGACACCAGUCAACGGUACAGCCGUAGCCAUCAUCUACAUCCGUCAACCAACCAUUCACAAAAUCAUCACGAUCUCAUGUACAACGAACGAUCUCGUUUUCACACCAGCUAUCCCAUUGGUGGUUCUACCGGAUACACUCAUCCAACGCAUCCAAGCUUCUACCCGGUUAGCCAAGGAGCUAGCAAGAACAUCCUUAACCCCAACAUCGAAUAUUUCAAUGGAAACUACAUGAAACAGAUUCCUACAGUGACUCCACACAGUACCAAUCCCUAUCUUCAUAACCGCUCCACUUAUCUCCCUCAACCGUCAACCAUCCCCAGCUCCCACUACCAAAACUAUCCCCUCAAUCACACCUUCGACGAAACCACCUAUCACCACCGAUCUCGCAUUCCCAUCGCUCCACACCCCUACAACGACCCUCAAGCCCAACAAAACUAUCAUGGGUACCAUCACAAUUCCUCCGCGUACUCCACAAACCAAAAACAUUCCUUCAGUGGCAAAUCGCUUAGCGACUUCUACAACCCUGCAAACCACUACAACAACCAUCCGGGAUCCUCGAUACACCACUAUGGUGCCAUCAAGUACACCUCCCAAACCAUCGUUCCUCCCAAAACACUACAAAAUCAUCACCCAUCCCUCGCAACUCAACAAAACCACCAGCAUCUCCAACAACCCAUGCAACCUCAACCUACCAACCUCACCCCCAGCAACAACUGCUUCUUUGACACUCCCAGUCCCAACAUCAACAUGGAGCACCCGCUUGUCGACCUCGAAGAACAAAUCAACAGCGUCAAGAUCCUCAAAACCAAUCGGGACCCAUCGGUACCGGCUCCUAUCGGCUCAUACAAUUCCAACCACCCCCUUAACUAUGAUUGCCAGCAAAAAUACCUGAUGAAUCGUUACCUAUACGACAAACCCGAAAACUACGGCCACACCACCAUGCAGGACUUCGGCCUCGGUGGUCGCACCGAAGAUGAGAACCUCAAAAACAAAAACCUCCGGGACUACUUAAGCAACUGGAACGACAUCGAAGAGGAGGAUUCUUCAAAUCUCGCCAACGCCACCGAAAAACCCCAGGAAAGCAACAAUAACAACCUUCCCUCUAACAACAACCAUCAAAACUACGAAUCCUGCCAGUUCAUGGAAAAAGCUCUGGCCGAGCAUUUGCCACCGAUGCACAGUGGAGUCAUCGUUGCCAACGUUUCCAACCAAGACCAAGCAGCAGCAGCUGCUACCCCCACCGGCAAUCUACCAGACAUCCUCGUCGACAUCGAAAAAACCAAGGAAGACAAACCGACUGCUGCUGGUGCUGGCGCCGAAGGUGGUCAGCAGGACGUCAGCGUCACCAUCGAAGUGGGCGAAAAACUCUACAUCCUGGAAACCUACGACGUUCCGCACUCGGAGCUGAACAAGUACAAACACCUGAGCGUUAUCAACGAGCUACCAAAGAACGUGGUCCCCAUUAAUGAUAGUGCAGAUUCGUUGAAGUUCCUCGAAGAAAUCGAAUCAAAUCGGGACAAAUACUACCAAACCGAUCUGGAAUCGGAGGUCGUAUACGACGAUAAAAAGAAGGAGGAGGAGAAGAAAGCCGAACGUACCGAAAAACCCGUCGAAGACGAACCGGAAUCGGUUGCUUCACCGAAGGAAGAACCUUCGAGCGAAGUACCGAUUCCCGAACAAUCGAAAGAAAUACCCAAUGAAACAGUUCAAGUUACCAACAAAGCCGCUGCUCCGGAGGAGGAAGAAGACAACGGUGAAAACUUUAAAGUUCCCCAAUACGUGCCUAAGUACCGGAAGCGACGUCCCUACUACGACAACGACUACCCUCGCUACCCGAAACGGGCUCGACGGUCCAGCAUCGAAGAUUUCCUGUACUGCACCGAUCGAAUAGCAGCUAAGCUGAAACCACCAAAACCACCGGUGCCGCAGAUUCACCAUCCCAAGCGACUGCUUACGUUAGUGGUUGCGGCAUUGAACUCCCGCGAGUAUCGCCGCUACGCCAAGGAAGACAUCGCUCGAAGGAAAGCGAUCGCGGCUGCCGCUGAAAAGGUUGUAGAAAAUGAGAGGUAUAGCAUUGAAAAGAGCGAAAAAAUUACAAGAGAGGCAAUUACUGAGGAGACUUCAUCUGUUGAGGAGAAGCAACAAGAGACGGCAGAGACGAUUGUGAUAGAAGACACUGAGGAAGACUCUGGAAGUGUCGAAAGGCAGGAGGAAAAACAGUCUCAAGAAUCUAUGGAGGGAGAUUUUCGGGAAACGGUCGAGCGUGAAAGCGAGUCCUUGGAGCUAAUGGACGUUGAAGAAUCGAUUCCAACAAGCAUCGUUCAAUCCAAACCGGAACAGGAUAUUGAAGAAUCAAUUCCCACCAACGUUGUUGAGCUGAAGUGGGCGAACAAGGACACCAUUAAGGAAGUUACGGAUGUUGAAGCUGUUGAACUGGUUGAAGACAACCGUGAAGUUGACUGGAAAAAGGUUGAAGAAAGCUCGACUGUUAUCAAAACAACAGAACGCAAAAACGAUUUUCCCGUCCAAGAUGAAAUUGAUCUUACAUCUGAAACGGAUGAUGAUGAAGUGUUCUUUCCCAAAGCUAGUGUGAAACCAAUUGAGGAAGAACAACAGUCGAAAAUCGAGGAGAAUAAGCCCGAAUCAGAUGAAUUAAGCUCAAUCGUUGAAGACGAAAUACCCUCUGAAACGCAGACACAAAUUGAGGAUGUAACUGAAACUGAGGUGAGGGAAAUUUCAGUAGAUGAGAAGACAGAGAAACUUUGUGAAACUCCAGUAGAACACGGAAACCAAGAAUUCAUUGAAAAUGAGGUCGAGUCAAAUCAACAACAACCCGAAGACAAUUUCGCAGAAACUCCAAAGAAAAUCGACGAAUCAAUUUUGGUUAAAGACGAAGAUUUGGUUAAAGUGUCCACUGUUUCCGAAUGCAAUUCUGAGGAAACUCCAAACCAAGUGAAUGUAGAAUCAAUUGACCUCAAGGAGGACGACAUGGUUCAGAAAUCCACUGUUCCAGAAGAUCAAGUUGAGGAAAUCCCAGAACAAACAAAAAACGAAUCAACUGAACUCCUCAAGGAGUUUAAUAUGGAUACAGAAUCCAAUAUUCUUAAAGAUCGAAAUGCGGAAGUCCUAAGGCAAAUGAAUGAUGAAUCAAUUGAGCUCAAUGAGGAAGAUAUGAUUCAGAAAUCCGCUGUUUGUGAAGCUCAGUCUGAGAAAAUUCCAAAGCAAAUGAAUGCUGAAUCAAUUGAACUUAACGAGAUCGAAGACGAGGCUCAAGAUUCAACUGAAGAUGCUGACGAAGUUCAGCUAUCAGUAAGUCAGGAAGAUCGUGACUUUCUUGAAAAUGACGAAGAAUCAUCAAACGUCAGUUAUCCGAAGCGCUUUGAAACUGAGGACUCCCAAGAAUCGUUUCAUCCAACAGUGGAGACAGCCGAAGAAAAAGUAGACCAAAGACCUGCUUUACCAAUGCUUGAAGAAGCGAGUGAAAUCUUUGAAGAGUCCAGAAUAACGGAAUCAGUUAUUAUGAAAAUUGUCGAAAAAGAAAUCAGCCAGGAGAAAGCUUCAAUUUUGGUUCCAAAAACUAGUGGUGACGAGGAAGAAAUCGAAUCAAUGGAAUCAGUCAUUCAAAACCCCGUUGAAAAUACCAUCAAAAAGGGGGAAACUUCAACUCUGUUUCAAGCACCUUCAGAAAGUAGUGAAGACGAAGAAGAAGCCAAUAUAGUUGUUCUUAAACCCGUGGAACAAACCAAUAAUCGAGAAGCAACUUCACCGCCGCUUUCACCGCUUCAAGAGGCCAGUGAAGAUGGACAUGCGACCGAAACAACAGAAUCAGUUAUCGAGGAAUCUAUUGAGCUAGCAAACACCCAAGAGGAAACUCUAGCUCCGAGUUCAACAACCCAAGAAAACAGCGAGGACGCUGAAAGAACCGAUUCUACAGAAUCGAUAGUUCAGAGAUCUAUUGACGAAAAGGUUGAUUUAGUAGAAACAGACAUCUCAACCAACGAAGCUUCAGAAUCAAAGAAUUUCGAGGAAAGCAACGGCACGAUUGAAUCUCCUGAACCCAGAAUCCUGCAGAACAACGACUCACAGAAGGAAACCGUUCGCGAAAGAAGUGAAUCACCGAAACGACCUCGCGACAGCAUCGAUCGGGAAAGCGGCAGUUCCAGCAGUUCGGGUAGCAGUUCUUCGUACUCGUCGUCCUCGGAAGAUGAUGAUUCAGACGAAUCGGACGACGACGACGAGGAUGACGAUAUUUUUUCGGGGUCUAUUGCAAGCCCAGCGGCUCCGGAUCAGGGACUGUUAGAGCAAGCCUGGCAGGAGACAGUUAGUGCAGUGGAAUCUUUCGAAGAAGGUCGACGGAGGCGAUCAUCGGAGAGUGAAGAUGAGCUGUCGUCAACUAUGUCGCACAGUUCCGAGAGGAAUGUCUAUGAAACGGAUGAGGAGUUUAUGGGGGUAGACAAUCGGACAGAAGAGCUGAAGAAAGAUGAUGCUGAAGAAUCGGUAGAGGAUAAGUUGAUCGAUGAUGAGGCUGGAGGAAGAAAAGAAGUAGAGGGUAAUGUAGCUGAAAAGGUACAAAACGGUAAGGAAGACGUUGCGGAAUAUGUGGAUCUGACAACUGAAGAGUCUACCGUUAUAACUACUGAGGUAGAAGAAAAGAAACCAAUUGAUGACACUGUGAUUACAUCUAUAAAACCAAUUGAAGCUCAAGUAGAACCAAUGGAAGAAUCUUUUCAAGAAGAUGUUGCUCUGAAACGUAUAGAAGAAUCAACUGCAGAAGUAAUUGAAAACGAAGACGUCGACAUGGAAUUAACUGCUGGUGAAGAAGAUACAUCUGAACCAAUGGAAGUCGAUGAGGAACAACCGCAGCAACUGUUCAACCCAACUUCUCUAGUCGAUCGCUGUCAGCAAGCAUUCAACAAGUUCGCCCAGCUUUACGACUAUGCAAGAGUUCCAUCGCUGCGAUCUCUCUGCUAUAGGAUUUGUCUACAAAACGGCACGUUACCGCAGCCGCAAUCGCUGCUAAAAAUCUGCGAACAGUAUAUCUGCGACAAUCGACAGUUGUUCAUCAUCGAGGAGGUUGCGGAGGGUCCUCCGAAGUUGCAGGAUUUGUGCCAGCGAGUCGUCAACGAGACAAACAUCAUCAUCGAUGUAAACGAAUUUUGUAUUGUUGGGGAAAGCGGAGAGCUGGGAACGGUGAACAUUCGACAGGAAGAGGAGGAAUCGGGUCGGGUGUUCAUUGUUGAAGAGAGUCACGGUACGAUCGAGGAUUUGCUGAGGGAAGGAGAGUCGAAUCGAAUUGGGAUGGCAUCAGAGGAUGGGAGUGAGGAGCACGAUAUUUUUGUGGCAGGUGCUGGUUUGAGGGUUGUGUUGGAGAACCACGCUCUCUCGGACAGUGAUGAUGAAAUCUAUCGCAAGGUGGAGCAGGAGAUCGAGAAGAUGAUGACGACAAGUUCCGAUGAACACGAAGAAGGGGUGAAUGGUCGUGUGGAUAUCGUAGCAAUCGACGAAGAGGAACAGUUGAAAAAUGAGUUUUUCUCGUUUGUUGAGGAUGGUUGUAUCCAAUAUGAGGAGGUGAUUCCGGUAGACAAACAAGCUCAUCGCAGAGAAAGCUUGAUUAGAGAGCUGAGAGAGAAAUACGUUGGUGGGUGCUGUAGAGAAAUUCUGGCAAAGCGGAAGCUCGUUCGGAAGUACGUGUUCUAUCAACGAUUCUUCGUGACGAAGGAGCAGAAAAUCAAAUCGAAGCGACAGUUUUUCAGCCGGCGUCGAUCAGUUGUGCUGGAGAAGAUCGCAAGGUUACGCCGAGGAAUUGUGAAUGACGCAGACAGUGAUAGUGAUUGUAGUGUGAGCAGCUCAAGUAGUCGUAGCAGUAGUAGAAGUAGAAGUAGCAGUAGCAGCAGCAGUAGAAGCAGUAGCAGCAACAACAGUAGUAGUGACGCCAGCACCAGAAGUUCAUCUAGUACAAGAAGUUCGAGUAGCGAAGACGGUGCUACGGCAUCGGAAAUCGUUGAUCGUUCGGAAGAGGAAUCAUCGAUCCAGUCGGUGAAUUCCACCACUACCAAUAGCCUAAUUGAGACUAAUAACAAUCAGCUAGAUGUAAGUGUUAUACCUAAAUCGAUAAAAACAGAAUCUCAGAAGUUUGCCAAAGAGGAAGAAGAUAGCAAUAGCAACAGUAACAGUUCGGACAGCCGAUCGAGGGGGUAUCUUCGGCGAGCGACCAAUAUUCUACCGUUUGCCAAGAAGAAGAAACUCAGCUUCGAAGAAAGCCUUCUAGGCAUUGAAGAGCUGUACAAGAAAAACAACAACAGUCCAAAACCUACCGAAAAUUCUAGCCCGGCUGCGGCACCGAUUCGGGCACGUCGCUACUCGGCCAACAGCCGUCCAAACGUGAUAAUUAAUGUAAACAACAACCGCGAGGCUCCGCGGAAGCUCAUCAUUCCGUCGUACAAAAUAUUUGAUCAACAACAGGCUCUGGCGGCUGGCUGCGUGCCACCUGUCCCAAGGCCGCUCCGUCGCACCCUAAGCCGUAGUGGCAGCAGUAGUAGCAACAGCAGCAACGCCAGCAUACGUUCAAGGGAUCGCUCAAACAACAACAGCCGAAGCUCCAGCUUGAUAAACAACAGCUAUCCAAGCAAAUCGACAGCAAGCGGUGGUACGCCUUCUUCGAUCCGAUCCAGUAAUCUGCGAACGCGUGCCACCAGCACGGCCAAUCGGGAAACUUCAUCGACUCCGCUCCUCGCCGAUCAGCGGAUUCCGUUCGUCCGGCUGGAACGAAUGGAUUACGUCGAAAAGCUCGCCGAGAACUACCGAAAACAGCAACAACAGCAGGCGUUUGCGAAACUGCGGCAGCGUCGAAAAUCGACCUUUUCUUAAGGUUUUAGGUUAGAUUGCGUGGUGAUCGGAUAAGCGAUAAGCACUGCACUGCUCCGUUUGUGUGAGAGAGUCCAAUCAAAAAUCAACCCGAUCGACACUGAAAACAAUAUGGAUAGAACCGUUUUUUUGUCGAUUUUUUUUUAACCCGAACAAACACGUGAGCCGACUACGCCAUGUUUGUGAUUCGAACAAGAUAACCCCUUGAAGGCGGGCAAGCUUAACCGGAGCGGAAAAUGGUGCAUUUUUCCGCUCGCUGGCCAUCAUUACUGGGCUCAGGCAGCGUCCUUCCGUGAGGUCGCUCAAAGUUUCCAACCAGUCAGUCUCUAACGUGAUUACAGAAGCGUGCCACGGAACUAUCAUCAUCAUCACGAAGCCGUCGUGUAGCUACACGCCGAGCUUGGCCACCGUUGUUGUUGUUGUUGCUGAUGAUGUUCUUGUUAAUUUCAUUUGUUUGGUUUAGUUAUUUUUUUGUCGAUGAAUGCAACCGCUUGCUGCGAUCCAUAUCGCACUUGUUCUAGCAUAGGCCGGUUAAUGUUCAAAUUCAUGAUAAUCGCCGCCACUAACAUCAAU